AUGGAUAAAGACAACACUGUUGGGACAGAUGGCACUAAGAUAGUCGCAUUCUCAGAACUACACGCUGCACGGAUCAUGACCCUAUUAGAGGUCUCAAGGGAUUUCCUCAGAACUGUGCCAAUGGAGAAUACUAGUGUGCGCAGUGUGAAUCAGCUUGGCGGUGUGUUUGUGAAUGGCCGCCCGCUGCCCACGUGUAAGAGGAAGAGGAUAAUAGAGCUGGCAUCUAGUGGCGUACGUGCUUGUGAGAUCUCCCGAAUCCUACAGGUGUCCAAUGGAUGUGUCAGCAAAAUCCUUGGCCGGUUUUACAAAACUGGCUUUGUAGAACCCAAGGCUGUUGGAGGCAGCAAACCGCGGCUGGCUACCCCUCAGGUCGUUAUGAAGAUUGCGCAGCUGAAGUGGGACAAUCCGUCUAUCUUUGCCUGGGAGAUUAAAGAGAAGCUGAUGAGUGACGGAAUCUGCCCUGAAGACAAAACCCCGAGUGUAAGAGAUAAGUAA